AUCACCUUAAGUCAACCUGGGAUUCUCAUGAGGAUUUUGGAAGCCCUUCACAGACUGAUUGUGAUUUACAGGGUUCUGUCGCCAAAGGGGAGGGUCAGGGGUUCCCUGUUGUCAUUCCCCAGUGGGUGAGGCGACAGACUCCCCACCCUCCUGCGAGUCUCGACACACUAAUCAAACAUUCCAAACGAGGCGCCGAAAAGAGAACACCUGUGAUACCUGAGGCAGGUCCCAGACUGGACAGAGCCGAGGCAACACGAGAUUCUACCCUGCUGGCUCACCGCUCACAGCCUGGGAACACUUUCCAACAGGAGGCCUCAGAUCAGAAUUCUGCUCCCAAAUGGGGCAGGGAUCAAGAAAGUGAAUAUCGGUUGGACGAUACAGCCAAGCGCAGGAGGACUUUGGAGGCCUCUGUGGUGCAGAGGCAUCCAGUGCAGACACCUCCUCAGCCAAGGGGUGCAGGAACCUCUGGUGCCUUGGACAAACAAGGGAUUGGUAACGGGACUGGUCAUAUUUCAACACAGGAGUGUCAACAGGUACCUCUCCAUCCAUUUGCUAAUAUUGCACAACAAGACUAUACCGGUGCCCUUAGCUCCACCAGGACUCCAGAAAGAAGCAGCCCCAGCUCCCCCAGAAUUCCCUUGUUGAGGCUGGGCUCUCCACACAAGGCCACAGUAGAAUUCUCCACCCAUUUAAAUUCAGCCAUUGUACAGAACAAUGAUUGUACAGCGUCACCUGAGUUUCAGCCCCGGGACAAUCCCUCUCACAAUUCACCGGCCUCCAGCCCUGGACCCUGGACUGCAGCUGCUAUCUGUGAGGAGAAUUCAAAACUUUCAGCUCAGAAUCUGAACCCUGAUGUUACCACCCAGCUUCAACUCCUGAAUUCGAACUUUACAGCUUCAACUGGGAUUACAGAGUGGCAGGGCAGGGGGAAACUGCAUGAGGGGGACAAGUCUCUGGCAAACAAUAUUGGGGUUCUGGAAGGGGAGUGUAUCAUGGAACACCUCACACCCAGCCAGAGUGCGGCAGGAAACACACCUUCACACCCUGCAAAGAGGAAGAGACGAUGGACAGAGGGCAAACCGACCCGAUGGGCUAGGAGUAUCAAGGAGAGAUGGAGAGACAGACGAGCCAGCCAGCGGAAAAGUGGGAAGGAAGAGGAUUCAGCGAGGGAGAAUGGAGGAAAGGGACAUGGGGAAAAAGGAAAAACACCAGAGCCAGUUUUACUAGAAAGGACCAGUAACACACCCACAAAGGAGGAGGAGUCAUCAAUGAGAGAGCAAUCGAACACAGCCACUACCACAGAGCUGGAGGGGAAUCCUGAAGGAAGUCCUGAAAGGAGCAGCAUAGACUUUGAAUUCAACUUUACUCCAACAAAUUUAUUGGAAGAGAUUUUCACGGGAAAAGAAUGGUCUAACUACUUGUCCUUCAGAAGAAGUCCCACCCCCACGGAUACAAUAAACCAACCACGGACAGAGGGACAUAGCUGUACCCAGAAAAAUGACCCAGGAGAAAAGAUGGAACAGCAAGACACCACAUUAGGUUUAAGGGCAAGUACAGAAGACACAUGGAACUUUAAGCAAGGCAUUGCAAACCAGAAUGUGGAUGUAUAUCCAAUGCAGAUUUCUUCACGUGCUGUGCCGACCACCAAUAAGGAAGCAUAUGAACGCAUGCCCGUCCAAUCCAACGUGACCUCUGGUCAACUGUGCACCUCAGCGGAGUCCUGCCACAUGCAGGACACAGACCAAUCACAGGAGCCGAUUCAGGCUGGCACCUUUGACUUCUUGACAAAGCCGGUGGAGGUUCUGGAUGGUUCUGCUUUAAAGAGUCGGGUCCAUUUGAACAGGAAACGAGAGCACCACUCAGGAGAGAGAAGAGAGAGAGCUGAGGGAGGGAAAUCAUUGCUUGGAGACUCCACAGUGGGGACAGAUUUGCAGACAGGAGAUGAAAGCAGAGAGGACACCUCUAAUCUGAUCCCUCUCUACAUCCUUCCACCAGCGCGGCCCCCUCUGUCCUCACGCUCUAUACUGCACUCCUCUGAGGCGCAAGACUCCCCUGAAACAGUCAUAAAAAAGCGGAAGCUAAAGGACCAGUCAGACGACAUCCGUCACGUUCGAUUUGCCGAGGAGCCGGUGUUCGUACCCGAACUGCAGUUUUCUGAAUUCCUCACAAGCGAGACCUCAGGGUCCCCCUCUCUGCCCGGCUGGAUCCUGGCCCUGAAGAAGAAGACCAGGAGGAAACCUAGGCAGUGACUCCGAUCUGCACGAGGGAAACAGGCAGCCGUUACGAAGACAUUUGUGACGACGAUGAUCAGUCUGCAGUGAGGUAUCGCACCCCACCCCCACGUUUCCUGGCUGGGAAAUGCAGGCUGUUAGAUGACACAGGAAUCUAAUUUAAUUUGGUAUGUGAUUCCUGUGUCCUCCUCUGAUGUUUCACCAGAAUCCAAUAAAUGAUUGUGAAAGCCUGCUUUUCUGCCUUAUAAUAACUGAAUGAAUAUAGAACAUGACUAUAUGGGGUGGCAGUGCAGUAUAGUGGGAAGGAGCAGGGCGUGUAACCGAAAGGUUGCU